CAUAUAUUUAAACAGGAAGUCAUUUACAUAUGUUGCGCGAAAUUCAAACGUGGUGGUGGUUGUAGGGAAAGCGACUUGCUCUUUUUUCUUGUCUCUUAAGGCCGUCAAAUCCACAAAUAAGCAUCUUAAAGGAAACCUUUGUCAAAACUCAGGCCCCAAGCAUGGCGAUGUUGUUUGACGAGAUCAACCAGCAGCUGGACUUCUCUAGCUGCGGAGAUGAAGGAAGCAGCAGUGACAACAGCUCCGAUGACUACGCCUCCAGGAUCCGAAGUCCCAGCUCAGCGUGCAGGACGCCCAGGGUGCAACGCCACCGCAGCAGAAGCAAUACCUUGUCUUACCCUUUACAGUGCACCAGCCCCAUACCUUAUGCUUCCUGGAGUAAACUGAGGCUCUGCGACUCUCCCAGCACGCCCAAGAGUCUGCUAUCUAAGGCGUCCCAGCCUUCCUCCAGCACUAAGAUAAGUCGGCAUCAGAGGACCCUUCGUUUCGCCUCAGCUGCUGCAAACCUCAUCCAUGCACCCUCGGUCAACGUAAAUCCUUUCACCCCUGACACGGUGCGCAGGAACAGUGAGCAGCUCAGGAGUGAUGAAGAUGAUGAUUAUCAGCGCAGGUUGAAACACAGUUUAACGUCAUCAGAGGAGGAUGAUGAAGCCUUUCUCCCACCAAAGAGGCGAGCUGUCCAAGCCUUCAUGCUGUCACGGUAUGAGAGCGAGUUCCUGGAGCUGGAGUGCGUUGGCGUGGGCGAGUUUGGGGCAGUUUACAAGUGUGUGAAGAGGCUCGACGGUUGCUUGUAUGCCAUAAAGCGCUCUCGCCGACCCCUCGCGGGCUCUGCCAACGAGCAGCUGGCUCUAAAGGAGGUGUAUGCGCAUGCUGUUCUUGGGCACCAUCCACAUGUCGUUCGCUAUUAUUCGGCGUGGGCAGAAGACAAUCACAUGAUUAUUCAGAAUGAAUACUGUGAUGGUGGAAGUGUCAACGAUGCCAUCAUGAAGAAGGAGGUGCAAGGUGAGCUGUUUUCAGAGGCCGAGUUGAAAGAUCUGCUAUUGCAAGUGUCUAUGGGUCUAAAAUACAUCCACAGCUUAGGCCUCGUACACCUGGACAUCAAACCAAGUAAUAUAUUCAUUUGCCAGCGUUCCAGCACAAGUGCAGCGGGUGAGGGGGAAAGCGAGGAGGAUGAUGACAGAAGCAUUGCAGCAGGAGUCGUAUACAAAAUUGGGGAUCUGGGCCAUGUGACAUCAAUCAACAGUCCUCAAGUUGAGGAAGGGGACAGCCGCUUUCUGGCCAGUGAGGUUCUGCAUGAGGAUUACAGCCACCUCCCCAAGGCAGAUCUCUUCGCUCUGGGUCUCACAGUGCUGCUGGCAGCUGGAGCUCCUCCUCUGCCUCAAAAUGGAGAUGAGUGGCACAGCCUUAGAGAGGGGCAGCUCCCCAAGCUGCCACAGGAGCUCUCGCCUCCCUUCAGAGGCUUGCUACAAUUGUUGCUAGAUCCAGACCCGACGAAGCGGCCGUCUGCCAGGGAGCUUUGCAAGCACACGGUCUUAAGGGAGGGGAGGACUGGGAGGCUGGCUGCUCAGCUACGCAGAGAGCUCAAUGUAGAGAAGUUCAGGACAGCCAUGCUUGAAAAAGAGCUCCAGGAGGCUCGUCAGGCAGCUCUGUCACCCAAGCAGAGCCUCCCUCCUGGGGUGAAACCCCCUGCUAAGAUUGGGUCUCUACCCAGAGCAGGGAGGAGGCUUGUCGGUAGAAAGACGGCACGAUCCAGGAGCUUCGGAUGCCCUGGAUAUGGAGUCUGAUGGGGCAGUGUGAGGACCAUGUGCCUGUCCUUUUGUUUUGAUGUAAUGUAACUCCUUCUGCAACCAGGACGUGGUAAAAUUGUACAAAUCUUGAACUUUCCGUAUACCACACAAGGUUUGUUGUUCUAGAAAUGACUGAUGAUAUUGGACAGCACUGGUCUUAAAGGACUGAUUUGACUCACUUUUCUUCAGUGAUAAUUUCAACAUCAUGUAACUACUGCAGACCAAUUGGUAUUUGACCAGUUGUUUUAUUUUAUUUUUUACUGUAAAUAAACGUUUUAAGCAUUUUA